CUCCAAACACCAAUGAGCCGAGCCGUCGAUGGCCUCCCACCAGAUCGCCAUUGCAAAGGCCUCCUUUUCGGCCGGGCUCCUGCGUCCAGAUCCUUCAUCUGUUCCGCGCGAUGACAUCGCUGCCUUUCACACGGCCCUUGAUCGCGUCCUCAACCAUUGCUCCCCAGCAAACGUCCAGACCUGCAAAGCAUGGCUACUGCAAUAUGUCGCCUACUCCGCUAAUCGGGUCGGAGGGCUGGCCAAAUACCUCGUGGCCCUAGCUGGCUCCUCUGAUGAACCGACUGUCGCAGGUGCAGGUCCAGGUGCUCGCGCCGGUACUAGCCAUCGCUCUAAAACUUCAGUGAAGCGUCGGAGGCUCCAUAUCCUUUAUCUCCUCAAUGAUUUGUUCCAUCAUAGCAAAUACCACCUCGAUGCCACGGCCACCUUCUCCACGGUCAGCGGAUCCCUGCAGCCAUACGUGGUGGAGCUGCUCGGGCACGCCGCAGCCUACGAUCGACAAAAGAACCCCCGUCAUCAUCGGCGCCUAGAUGACCUACUUGAAAUCUGGUCUGACCAUGGAUACUUUGGUCCUGAAUUGAUCGAGAAAUUGCGGGAAACGGUGAAGAACUCGGCUGCCAUCGGAGCAGGUGGCACUGCCCCGGCCUCGUCGACUGAUGUUCUGAUCGAUGAGACCGACACUUCCAAGAAGCUGCCUGGGAAAGAGGUGCCAUUUGUCAUGCCAUCCACUCACGGCGACCCUUCAACACCAUACUACGACCUGCCGGUCGGCAAUUGGAUCCCUCAUAUCAUCCCCAACUCGACUAUCCCUCUUCGCUCCGACAGCAUUAAACCCCUACAAUUCCUUGCUGGUCCCGCCGAUCAGUCACUGGUCAAAGCUCUGAAAGGCUUUAUGCAGGAAGUAGAUCAGAUCUACGGUACCGAGGAACUCAUCAAAGAUGAUGGAAGCAUGGAUGUCGAUGAGCUUGGCCAGCGGAUCACUCGAGAUGAAAUCACUGGGGAUAUCUUGGAUGGCGAGACAUACUACGGCUGGUCUCGGGCAUUCUGCCAGCAAAUGAAAAAGCGACCUGACUCGCGCAGCCGCAGUCGAAGCCACAGCAGAUCCCGUGGCGCUGUCAAGCGGCGGUACAGCGACAGCUCCCUGAGCCAUGACAGCCAACGAUCCGACUCUCGAUCGCACAGUCGGCCUCGUACAGGUAAAAAGGAGGCACGGCGUUACGACUCACGCUCACGGAGCCGCUCCCGCCGCAGAUCUCGAUCUCGCUCGAGUGAAGGCUCCUAUACGCCGCGCGAACCAUCUCCACCACGGUUUCCACCUCCACAUCAACACUCGCACGCUCCUCCUCCACCUCCACCGCCACCAGCUCCUCCUGGACCCUAUCAACAGACCCGUCCUUACAAUCCACAAUACCCUGCGGCUCCCCCAGGCGCCAACUUUGCUCCCCCGCCUCCACCCCCAUUUCCCGGCGCCUGGCCGUCUGGCCCACCCCCACAUAUACUGGGCAUGCCCUUCCCCCACUUGGCCCGGGGAUGAACCAUCCUGCUUUCCCUCAAUCAUUUGCUGGGCAUCCUCCUCCUAUGCCUAUGCCUAUGCCGCCUGGCCAACAGCUUCCUCCUGGACAAUAUCAUUUCCCUCCUCAUCCGGGUGCUCAACAGGGCCACGGCUGGGGACAGCAGGGUGGGCGCGGUUGGCAAUAGUCGUGGGAAUCCCCAAUAAUUUAUUUCUAAUUUCCCGAUAUGAUACCAUGUUCUAUUAAUUGAAUUAUCCUCUU